CUCCUCCGGUGAAUUCCCAUCUCAGAGAUUGGUUGCAUGGAAUCUCUUCUUCUUACCCGACAUUCAAAUGUUAGAGAUAUUCAUAGCAAUUUUUAUUUUUACAGCAACAAGAUCAUUGAGGCAAAAAAGAAACAGGGGCUACCUGUGUGGCCAGUUGUCGGAAUGUUACCGUCUUUAGUCACUGGACUCCGAAGCAACUUGUAUGAAUGGAUCACCGAAGUGCUAUGCCGUCAAAAUGGAACUUUCAGAUUCAAAGGGCCAUGGUUCAGUAGCUUGAAUUGGGUUGUAACUUCAGAUCCUCGUAACAUUGAGCACAUUCUGAAAACAGAGUUUCUCAAGUACCCAAAAGGCUCCUUCUUCCGUGAAACAGUCCAUGACCUUCUCGGCGACGGAAUCUUCAACGCGGACGGCGAGAUUUGGCACAAGCAGAGGAAGACAACCAGCAUCGAAUUCCAUUCAGCAAAGUUCCGACAACUCACUGUGGAGUCCCUCCACGAGUUAGUCCACUCUCGGCUCCUCCCUAUUUUACACAGACAUUUCGUCGAACACUUGGUGCCCAUUGAUCUCCAAGACAUUCUUCUACGCCUAACAUUCGACAAUGUCUGUAUGAUCGCAUUCGGCGUUGAACCCGGCUGUUUGAACCCUAAUUUACCAGUGAUUCCCUUCGCCCACGCCUUCGAGGUGGCAACGGAAGCGACCGUUCUUCGAUUCGUAACACCGCAAUUCUUAUGGAAAACAAUGAGGCAUUUCAAUUUAGGAACAGAAAAGAGUCUCAAAUUCGCCCUAAAAGAGGUCAAUGAAUUCGCAAUGAACGUAAUUGAAAAGAGAAGAAGAGAGAAGGUCAAUGAAACCGAGAGAUCGGACCUGUUAUCAGUGUUUACGGGACUGAAGGACGAGAACGGGGAGCCGUAUUCGGACAAGUUCUUGAAAGAUAUAUGCGUGAAUUUUAUACUUGCCGGAAGAGAUACGUCGUCAGUAGCGUCGAGUUGGUUCUUUUGGCUGAUUGAUCGAAAUCCAGAAGUGGAAGAGAGAAUUGUGGAGGAGAUCUGCCGGAUAUUGAAGAAGAGAGGAGAGGCGGCGGGGGAAUCGUCGGGCGGCAAUGUGAAGUUUGAAGUAGAAGAGAUAAAGAAGAUGGAAUAUUUGCAAGCCGCUCUUUCUGAAGCUUUGAGAUUGUUCCCUUCUGUGCCUGUUGAUCACAAGGAGGUCAUUCAGGAUGAUGUAUUACCAAAUGGAACAGAGCUAAAGAAGGGAACAAAACUGGUCUAUGCAAUAUAUGCAAUGGGUAGAACGGAGGCAAUAUGGGGAAAAGAUUGUUAUGAAUUCAAGCCAGAGAGAUGGUUAAGAGAUGGUUAAGAGAUGGUCGAUUUACGGCCGUGCUUGGGAAAAGAUUUUGCAUACUACCAAAUGAAGUACAUUUCUGCCUCUGUCAUCCUCCGCUACCGUGUUAGAGUGGCAUAGAAGCACCAUGUGGUACCAAAGCUUGCUUUGACAAUGUACAUGAAAUAUGGCUUAAAGGUGAAUUUGUUCAAACGUGACAAAAAAGAGAUUGAAAAGAACUUCAAAACUAAAUAAUGCAAGGAAUGAAAUGAGGGAUUCUCUU